CACUUAUUUGAUCGUGCGAAAUCCACUGGCCCAAGAGUGUACAAAGCCGUCACAGCCGCGCGAGAAGCGCCAGACCAGCCUCGAACACACCUUCGCCGUCAUUCACCUCUCCAUUCAGCCCCGCAACAUGUCCUCUCACGAUCGCCUCUCCGAAUCGGCAACCUUUCCGUCCUCCGACAGCGAGAACUACGAUGCCAAUCACUCCAAUUCACAGGAUUCCGACGAGCCAAUCUCCUCUUCCUCGCCACCGUUAAUAUUGUAUUCCCCGCCGACGAUUUGGAGCAUAUUACGCGGAGCUGCGAUCAACUUGUUCCUUCCUUUCAUCAAUGGCUUAAUGCUGGGUUUUGGCGAGUUGGUGGCACACGAGACUGCUUACAGGUUAGGAUGGAGUGGAACAAAAAUUUUCCCUUCAGGUCGCAGUGCAAGAACGGUGGGCCCUGGCGUGGAGAUGCAAGAGGAUGUAGUGGAACGGAAAAGAAGAAGUGGAGAGGAGAUGGAUGGGUACACCGCGCUAGAGUGAUACAUCGACCGCCCUAGAAGCUUUGUUUGGCAAUGACAAAUGUACGAAGAUGUAUAAACGGAAUGGACGACAGGUGUCAAAUGGCAUCAAGCGCAGCUGUGGCGAGUCAAUGCUCGGGCUCUGGCAAUGGGAGGCGCGUCAUGUGGGUUUUCACACACGCAGUGCCGGGGCGGUUACGGACGAUGCAAGUUAUUUAGUGUCGGUACUGCGCGUGUACGACUCAAUCACGUCUGCAUUAGCUUCGGUCUAUAGACGUAUAUAUCGGUCACGACGACCGAGUCUGAUACUACGAUCUCUGGCCGCGUCGCAGCGUGUCCCAC